AUGGUUCAGAUCUGGCUACAGGCUGCACUCAGUCCGGAGGAUGAUGUCCGAGUCAUUCAUGAUUUGUCAUGGCUUGAAUGUCGACCCGAACGACCUGACAGAAGACAUCAAUGGAUGUACGUAUCCUUGGUGCCGUCUUACGCGCCUGCUGAGGACUGUGACGACAUUGUUUUCUAUGAGGACGAGCGAGGGUAUGCAAAAGUCGCUAAUACUAUUGCAGAUGAUUGCCACAUUUAUUUCUAUUGUGGCACGCUGUACAAUAUACCAGCAGAUGCUAAUGCUCCUCCACCCUUCACCUGUGUCACAAGUGGGCAUUACAUCGGGGUUUUCAGUGCUGAGGAUUAUGUGCCCAUGGUGAAAGGAAUUACUGAUGCUGUUUUUUUCAAGGUUGAGUCACUUGAGGUUGGGGAGAGAGCGCUGAGGAAGGCAAUCGAAAGAUCUGACAUAGUCAGAUUCCUGACACCUUUGUAA